UGUUCUUCACUUAAUCCACAUAAUGUCUUUAACUAUCUUUUUGCCUUGCAUUGUUGCACUUCUUUCACUUUCAAAUCUCAAUGGCUUACAUGCCAUAAAAUCAAAUACAAGCAUCACUGCUGGAUCCAAUUCUACCUGGAAAUCUUCCUCCAGUGAUUUUGAAUUUGGAUUCUACGAUCUUCCCAAUGGUCUCUUUCUUGUGGGAAUAUGGUUUGGGAGAAUCCCUGAGAGAACGCUGGUAUGGUACCUUGCUCCUCCUGUGGAACCGAAUUCCCAAAUCCAAUUCACUUCUGCAGGACAGCUUGUUGUAGUACACCCAAACGGGACUACUGCUCAGACCAUAUACAGCGGAGGAAACGGCGGGGCGGCAACAUCUGCCACCAUGCAAGACGAUGGCAAUUUUGUGAUGAAGAACUCCAACUUAAGACCUGUCUGGGAGAGUUUCAACUUUCCAGCCGACACAAUCUUGCCAGGCCAAACCUUGCAGACUAAUCAUAGCCUCUAUUCCAAGGGGAGAGGACCUUCAAACUACUCAUUGGGAAAUUUCAUGCUACAAAUGCAAGGUGAUGGCAACUUGUUGCUCAAAGCUCACCAAUGGGCUGACCCUGCAUACUGGUACACUUCAACUACGACCCCAAAUGUAAAUUUGCUGUUUAAUGCUACCACUGCUCUCAUGUACCUUGUCGGCGGCGGCACCGGGAACAUCUACUCUAUAACCAACACCACUCCAACCCCGGUGGAGGAUUAUUAUCAUCGUGCUGCAAUAGAUGAGAAUGGGAAUUUCCAGCAAUAUGCAUAUCGUAAAAGGAACGGGAGCGGAUGGAGCAGGGUUUGGAGAGCCGUGGAGGAUCCCUGCAGAGUGAAUGUUGUCUGUGGUGUGUAUGGCUUGUGCACUUCUCCUGACAAUGAAUCAGUCAAGUGUCAGUGUCUUCCAGGUUAUAUCUCGUUGGAUGAUCAAGAUGUUUCAAAAGGGUGUCGCCCACCAGCUGUCAUCAAUUACUGUGCAGAGAACAACUUCAAGCUCCAGGUCUUUGACGACACUGAUUUCCAUUUUGAUACUCAUCUUAUUAGGUUGGCUGGUGUUGACUUCGAAAGUUGUAAGAAGGAUGUAAUAGAUGAUUGUAAUAUCGGUGCUGCAACUUAUAGCCAAUCCACCUCCACAUGUGUCAAGAAGAGAUUGCCCUUGCUGAAUGCUAGAAAUAGCACUUCUUCGAAGGGACUGAAAGCACUGCUUAAAGUUGCUGACAGGGUUGAGUCUGGGACACCUAAAGUUUCCAAGAAGAAGAGUUUUAAUGUAAGAGUCCUUUUGAAGGCUCUUCUUGCUGUUACUGCCACUCUUGCCUGUUUCUUGGGUUCCCUUGCUGUUUACUAUCAUCCUUUCACUCGAAGAAUAAUAAGAAAAAAGAAGCAUCUGAAUGCAACAACUAUUGGAAUCAACUUCAGAGAAUUCACCUUUCAGGAGCUGCAUGAAGCAACAGACGGAUUCACUAGGAUUCUUGGAAGGGGAGCUUCAGGCAAAGUCUAUCGUGGUGCUUUAAUAAUAGAUGGUGCAGAGAUUGGUAUUGCAGUAAAGAAACUAGAAAAGAAAAUAGAGAAAAGUGAAAGAGAAUUCAUGACUGAGCUCAAAAUUAUUGGUCGUACGCAUCACAGAAAUUUGGUGAGGCUUUUGGGUUUUUGCAUUGAUAAUAGCCAUCGAAUUAUAGUAUAUGAGUUGAUGCCAAAUGGAGCACUGUCCAGUUUUCUGUUCGGAGAGGGAGAAAGACCUCAAUGGGGUCAGAGGAUUGAAAUGGCUCUUGGGGUCGCAAGGGGCUUGCUAUACUUGCACGAAGAGUGCAACACCCAAAUCAUACAUUGUGACAUAAAGCCCGAAAAUGUGUUACUAGAUGCCAAUUACAUAGCAAAGAUUGCAGAUUUUGGGCUGUCUAAACUUUUGAACAAAGACCAAACUAGAACAAACACUAAUUUAAGAGGGACAAUGGGAUACAUGGCACCUGAAUGGCUAAGGAGUGCACCAAUAACUGCUAAAGUUGACAUAUACAGUUUUGGGGUUAUGCUGUUGGAGAUGAUUUGCUGCAGGAGGCACAUUGAGUGUUGUGAGGAUGGAAAAAACAGUGAAGAUGAUGAUUUGGUUCUUUCAAAUUGGGUUUUAAGGUGUGUGGUGUGUAGGCAACUAGAGGUAGUGGUGAGACAUGACACAGAAGUGCUGAAUGAUUUCAAGAAGUUUGAGGAAAUGGCCUUGGUUGGACUAUGGUGCGUUCAUCCAAAUCCCGCUUUGAGGCCUUCGAUGAAGCAUGUGAUGCAAAUGCUAGAUGGAACCGUGGAAGUUGGUGUUCCUCCUUUGGUUUACGAUAUGAUGAUGGCAGAUCAGGGCUUAUAGUUAUAUAAAGGUUUAAUUGAUUCUUUUGUUCUUUGGUUAAA